CUUGCUGAAUAUACUUGGCAGGGAAAUGGGGCUGUAUCUGUCCACGAAUUUCCUUCUCAGUGGAUAAAUUUGUGUAUGGCAUGUGGCAAAAGAUCAGCCUUUGCUGACAUGAGCUGGUUUUCUUGAGGGCAGAGCUGAGCUCAUUACAUUAGAGCUCACUCCCCGCUGAAGAAGCAGUAUGGCUUCCCUGAUAUCACCUAUGACACCUGCACUUCAGCAGAAUCCUAAAAUUAUUUGCUUUUCUGCUUUCAAGCCUACUUUGCAUCACGAUACACCUUCUUUCACUGACCGUUUCAGAAGUAACCCAGGCAGGUGUAAAGCAUUUUUCGGCAACAUUCCAGAUGAUUUAUUGGAGAACACUCUUCAACUGGACCAAUUCCCAGCUUUUCAAUCUGGGUUGGUGCAAUUUCAGAGUGUUACUGAGGAACUGUCAGAUACGCAGAAAUGGGGUCUUCUGGUUUUUGCUGGGGCGGCAUGGAUUUAUUUAACUGCAAGGCCUGGUAUUCUCAUAGGCGCCAUCGAUGCAUACCUUCUUGCUCCUCUGCAACUUGGUUUGGACAGUUUGGCUGGAAGGAGGAAUUUGAAGAGGAGUGAUUUUCUGGUUGGGGAUAAAUUGGGAGAAGGUUCUUUUGGUGUUGUCUAUUCUGGAGUGGUUGUUCCAAGGAAUGCAACUGUAGAGGAGAAGGUUCCGAAGAGGGGAACUGGAAGAGCACUACAGUUGGAUGAGAGGUUCAAAGAAAAGGUCAUACUAAAAAAGGUAAAGGUUGGAAUCACAGGGGCAGAACAAUUCGGUGAAUUUGAGGAGUGGUUUAAUUACAGGCUAUCAAGAGCAGCUCCUGAAACAUGUGCCAAGUUCCUUGGAAGUUUUGUUGCUGAUCAAACGAGUUCCCAGUUUACAAAGGGUGGAAAAUGGCUUGUUUGGAAAUUUGAGGGAGAUCGAACCCUUGGUGAUUACAUGAAAGAUCGUAACUUCCCUUUUAACUUAGAGUCUGUCAUGUUUGGGCGUGUCUUGCAAGGAGUUGAUUCUGUUAAACGAAGUGCAUUGAUCAUCAAGCAAGUAAUGCGCCAGAUUAUUACUUCACUUAAGAAAAUCCAUGAUACUGGGAUUGUUCACAGGGACGUAAAGCCAGCCAAUUUAGUGGUGACAAAGAAGGGACAGAUUAAGCUCAUAGAUUUUGGGGCGGCCACUGACCUCCGGAUUGGCAAGAACUACAUACCUGACCAAAGUCUGCUUGAUCCGGACUAUUGUCCACCAGAGCUAUUUGUGCUCCCAGAGGAGACACCAAGUCCUCCACCUGAGCCGGUUGCUGCCCUUCUUUCUCCAGUUAUAUGGCAGUUAAACAGUCCUGAUCUAUUUGAUACGUACUCUGCUGGGAUUGUUCUCCUGCAAAUGGCAAUACCAAGCUUAAGGCCUGUAUCAGGCUUAAAGAAUUUCAAUACAGAAAUAAAGAAAGCUAGAUAUGACUUGAAUAAAUGGAGGGAGAGCACUCGAUUGAGGCCUGACCUGACAAUUCUUGAACUUGACUCGGGUAGAGGGUGGGAUCUAGCUACAAAAUUGAUUUCAGAGAGAGGUUAUCUUGGAAGGGGACGUUUAUCAGCUGCUGCUGCUCUAAGGCAUCCUUAUUUCUUGUUGGGCGGUGAUCAGGCAGCUGCAGUUCUUUCAAAGUUUAGCUUAACCAAAUAGAUACCUUCCUGGUGAUGUGAGUCCAUAUUCUGCUCUCUUAAAUUUUCCAUUUUCAUUUCUUUGUUUUUAUUUUUUAUUUUUGUUGGCAUGACAUGUAAAAAAUCGGGCCUAUCAUAUACAGCACUGGAGCCUGUCUGAUGGGUGGAACGUAGUGAAUCAUCCAACACUAAAAUUUCAACUAAUUAAUGAAAUAAAAUUGUAGAUGUGCUGUUCACCAUCCA